CCCGCGGCAGCCCCCGGCACAUGGGCCGCGGCGCGGGGCGCUCGGAGCUGGGCAUGGCCGUGCCGCCCGCCCGCUGCCCGGACUGCCCGGCGCCGGGGCCGCCGCGGGGAGGGGGCGGCGGCGGCGGGGCCCCCGCCGUGCCCCACCUCGGCAUUGCGGUGGACGAGGGCGACGUGCUGCCCGGGGCGCUGCGGCUCAUGCGGGAGCUGCGACCCGCCUGGGAGACGGCGCGGGUGAAGACCAAGCUUUUCACCGAUGGCAUCACCAACAAGCUGGUGGCCUGCUACACGGAUGAAGGCAUGGCGGACGCGGUGCUGGUGCGCGUCUACGGCAGGAAGACGGAGCUUUUCGUGGACCGGGAAACGGAGCUGAAAAACUUCCAGGUGCUGCAAGCCCACGGCUGUGCCCCCGACCUCUACUGCGCCUUCCAGAACGGCCUCUGCUACGAGUUCCUGCCGGGCAUCGCCCUGGGACCGGACCACGUGCGGGACCCCUGCAUAUUCAGGCUGGUGGCCCAGGAGAUGGCCCGGGUGCACGCCAUCCACGCCAACGGCAGCAUCCCCAAGCCCAUCCUGUGGCAGAAACUGCACAAAUACCUCGCCCUCGUGAAGAUGGAUCUCAGCCCAAAGGUAUCCAACCCCAGCCUCCACCCAGAUGUGCCCAGCCUGGAAGUGCUUGAGCACGAGCUGGCCUGGAUGAAGGAAACCCUCUCCCAGCUGGAGUCCCCCGUGGUGCUUUGCCACAACGACCUGCUCUGCAAGAACAUCAUCUACAACGGCACUGAAGAGCACGUGCGGUUCAUAGACUACGAGUACACCGGCUACAACUACCAGGCUUUUGACAUCGGGAAUCACUUCAAUGAGUUUGCAGGCGUGAAGGAGGUGGACUACCGCCUCUACCCCAGCAAGGAGACCCAGCUGCAGUGGCUGCGCUCCUAUCUGCAGGCCUACAAGCAGCUGACCCAGGAGGACCAAGGAGGCAGAGGAGCAAUCGUGUCCGAGAAGGAGCUGGAGGCUCUCUACGUGCAAGUGAACAAGUUUUCUUUAGCAUCCCAUUUCCUCUGGGCAUGCUGGGGCCUGAUCCAAGAUAAAUACUCUACCAUAGACUUUAACUUCUUAAGAUAUGCAAAGCUAAGAUUUAAACAGUACUUCAAGAUGAAGCCGGUAGUCACAGCCCUGCAGAUUUCCAAAUAGCAUCUCCGGCCCGUGAGACCCUGAGCUAUUUUGUCCUUGCUGCGUCCACAGCCCUCGCCUCCCCCUUGCCCUUCCCGCCCCAGCUGGGGCUGAGGGCAGAUCCUGAUGGUGGGAAGGGGGAAGAGGAUCUCUGACCCAGCCACCGAUUAAAGGAGACCCUGGACAUAACUGAGACUGGACCAUGAGACGCUAAGGAGGACCACGGCCUCAGCGAGGCCCCUGCCUACGCCAGGAAGCCUUACCAUCGCCUUAACGCCGAGCCCAGGUGCCUGGCAGGUCUGUGCGGCGCUGGCACUACCGCUGCUCACCUGGCACCCAGUUUGCUCCCUCGCUGCUGCCCCCGAGGGGGGACGCGGAUGCCCCUGCCGCUCGGCAGCCCCGACCGCCGUGGCCAGCGCUGCCCAGUUGCUUUUGCUGCCCGAUGCACGUGCUGCACCCGUCCUGCCUUCGCUGGCCCCGGGGCCCCUCCUGGGCUCUCACCCCUUCCCGGGGUCCAUCGCGCUUCAGCCCUUGGUGCGCUCUGGCCCCGGGGGAGCGUGGGACCCUUUCGAAAGCGGGGCCGGUGCUGCUGCGGCUCGGCUCACGGCCGGGCUGUGUCCCUGCGGGGCAGCGAUGGCCAUGCCGCCUGUGGGGCCAGGGACCGGGGCCGGCGGGCGUCUGCCGGCAGGUGCUGGGCGCCUGCUGCCGCUGCAAUACACUCAUCCCAUGGCGA